AUGGGAAGAAAGAUUAUUUUGCUCCUGUUGGUGGGCAUUUUCACGGCAUAUUAUGUUUAUACACCUCUCCCAGAUAAUAUUGAGGAGCAAUGGAAAAUAAUUGGGUUCACCCUCAUAUUUAAAACUAUAACAAAUGUGGCCCUGGUUGGUGAACUCCUGGGAAUCAACCAUUUCAUGAGCACUGUAGUGUUUUUCAUGAGCUUUCAAGAUGUCCCACCCACAUCUGAUGAAACUGUUACUGUGAUGGACACAACUUUCAGCAAUGUUCCUGUCCGAGUAUACAUACCAAAGCGCAAGUCAGAGGCGCUACGAAGGGGCUUAUUUUAUAUUCAUGGAGGCGGUUGGUGCUUGGGAAGUGCUACUUCUUCUUAUUAUGAUACAUUGUCAAGACGAACAGCUGAUAGACUUGAUGCUGUUGUCAUUUCAACCAACUAUAGACUAGCACCUAAAUACCACUUUCCAAAUCAAUUUGAAGAUGUGUAUAAUGCAUUAAAGUGGUUCUUACGCCAAGAUAUUCUUAAAGGCUAUGGUGUAGAUCCCAAAAGAAUUGGUAUUUCUGGAGACAGUGCUGGAGGAAAUUUAGCUGCAGCAGUGACUCAACAGCUCAUAGAUGAUCCAGCUGUCGAGAUCAAACUCAAGAUCCAGUCUUUAAUUUAUCCUGCCCUUCAGAGUCUUGAUAUGGAUUUACCAUCUUAUCGGGAAAACGCACAUUUUUCAACUCUGCCCAGAUCACUCAUGGUGAGGUUUUGGAGUGAAUACAUUACCACAGAUAGAUCACUUGAAAAAGCGAUGCUUGUCAAUCAACAUGUACCAGUGGAAUCAAGCUACCUCUUCAAAUUUGUUAAUUGGAGUUCUUUGCUCCCAGAGAAUUUUAAGAAAGGGCACUUUUAUAGCAAUCCAACUCAUGGUCCUUCUGAGCUAGCUAGAAAGUAUUCAGGGUUUCUAGAUGUGAGGGCAGCCCCCUUAUUAGCUGAUGACAACAAGUUGCAUAGCUUACCUUUGACCUAUGUAAUCACUUGUCAAUAUGAUGUUUUAAGAGAUGAUGGAAUCAUGUAUGUCACCCGACUUCGGGAUGCUGGAGUUCGGGUGACCCAUAACCAUGUUGAGGAUGGAUUCCAUGGAAUAGUUACCCUUCCUAUAUUUAAAAUUGGACAAAGAGUAGAAAAUCAGUAUCUGAGUUGGCUAAGUGAAAAUCUAUAG